GUGCAGCACGAGAACGAAAACAUUUGAAAACAUCGGGGAAAAAGUUCUGCGAAUCGUUCAAGUUUUCUUCAGAAUUUCGUGAAAUACAGCAACUAACAAUGAAGAAGCAAGCGAAGAACCUCCUGCUGGACAAACUGCACCGUGGCGUCGUGUACACCUGCAUCGGGCUAACCCUGUACGGAAGUUACAUGCUGGGCCAACGCUUCUACCGAUACUUCACCGUCAUCAAACCGGCACGGCUGGCAGAGGAACAGCGGAUGCUGGAAACCGGUGCCGGACCGGGCCCGCUGGUUUCCGCCGACAAGGCCCCCACGUUGAAGACGUAAAACCGACAAAUGUGGACAAUUAAGAGAAUGCGUGCGAUAUGAAUGAUAGGUAAUCUGUUGAUGAAUGCUAGUGGCUCAGUGAAUAAAAUUAUGUAACUCUAGGGCGUUUA